CGAAAUCUUUUGUGUUCCAGAAUCCAAGUUAAAGCUUUUAGAAUGUCUCGUUACCCACGGGGACUGAAGGGCAUCCUGUUGAUGGCGAUCAUCCUCCUGGCUCUCAAUAUAGCAAUGGGAACACCACGUGGCGGAAGCACAAGUAGUAGCAGCUCUCGCUCCAGUUCUGGAUCCAGUUCUAGAUCCAGCUAUGGAUCCAGCUAUGGAUCCAGCUAUGGAUCCGGUUUAGGGUCGAGUUAUGGAUCCGGUUUAAGAUCCAGUUAUGGAUCCAGCUAUGGGUCCAUUUACAGUGGGUCAAGAUCUGGCGGAUCUCCUCCCACCUACUUAUCUUCCCUGCAAUCCUUUUCGAUGCCUACGUUCCACUCGGAACGCACUGGAGGUGGAUCUAACUUGCCCAAAGGACCUCCGCCGGCGUACUCAGCUCAUGAUACCGUGGGUGGAGCUCCCACGAACAUUCGCGAGAGACCGCCGGCCUACACACCACUGAACAAGCCAUCCAGUAAGCAAAGUUCCAGCUCUCUAUAUUUCCACCCAUACUACAGAACGACUAGCUCCAGCUACAGAUCGAACUCCAACAGCAAUUACCAGGACGACACAUAUAACUCCACCUAUAAAUAUAUGCGCAGUGCUGCCAGCAACUCACUCCAUCCCCUCCAUGGAUACAUUGUCCUUAUCUCGACUUCUCUAUACUUAUGCUCGCAAUUAUUGUAA